GUCAGGUCGGGGAGCCGGUCCAGUUCCCGCUCGCUGCCGCCGCCGCCCCCCGCAGCGACUCUCCCGCCUCAUCAGCCGCGCCGGCUGCGGAAGCAGCUUCUUCGACACUGCUCGGCCUUGGAACCGCCAACCCGGGAGCAGUGCUCCCGGAGGCGACACGCCGAGUCCCCCAUCACCUCUAGCCGGGGCGAACCCGCCCAGGUCCGCCCUCGCCCUGUGCGGCCGCCGGAGCCCCCGGCCCUGAGUGGCCCUGCGUCCGCACUCCAGCCCUUUCACUCCCGCAGCCGCCGCCGCCCCCCGCCCAGAACAUGGACUCCGACUCCUGCGCCGCCGCCUUCCACCCGGAGGAGUACUCCCCCAGCUACAAGAGGCGCAGGACUGUGGAGGAUUUCAACAAAUUCUGUACCUUUGUCUUGGCUUACGCUGGCUAUAUCCCUUAUCCUAAAGAGGAGCUGCCUUUGCGGAGCAGCCCCAGCCCUGCCAACAGCACUGCUGGUACCAUUGACAGUGAUGGCUGGGAUGCUGCGUUCCCAGACAUCACAUCCUCUGUGACCCUGCCCGUCUCUGACCGCUGCUUCAGCCACCUACAGCCCACCCUCUUACAGCGGGCCAAGCCCAGUAACUUCCUCCUGGACAGAAAGAAGACUGACAAGCUGAAGAAGAAGAAGAAGAGGAAGCGGAGGGAUAGUGAUAUGCCUGUCAAGGAGGAGUACAUGGGGAGCUUGCUGAAGCUGGAAGCCGCUGAUCCAUAUGUCGAGACUCCUACGAGUCCCACCCUGCAGGAUAUCCCCCAGGCCCCCAGCGACCCUAGCUCGGGCUGGGACUCUGACACACCCUCAAGUGGCUCUUGUGCCACGGUAUCACCUGAUGAGGUCAAAGAAAUAAAGACUGAAGGCAAACGGACUAUCAUCCGGCAGGGAAAGCAGGUGGUGUUCCGGGAUGAGGACAGCACUGGCAACGAUGAGGACAUCAUGGUGGAUUCAGAUGAUGAUUCUUGGGACCUCGUCACCUGCUUCUGCAUGAAGCCAUUUGCUGGCCGCCCCAUGAUCGAGUGUAACGAGUGCCACACUUGGAUCCACCUGUCCUGUGCAAAAAUCCGGAAAUCCAAUGUUCCGGAAGUGUUUGUCUGCCAAAAGUGCCGGGACUCCAAGUUUGAUAUCCGCCGUUCCAACCGUUCCCGAAUGGGCUCCCGGAAGCUGUUUCUGGACUGAGUGCUGGUGUGAGAGGAGGCUGGGCAAGGAAUUGGAAGGGACUGUGGGCUUUCUGGCCCCUUUCUUAGUUGAGCACAGAACUCUUAGCUCUGG